AUGAACGCUUUGGUUACUUGGAAGUCUUUAUGGGUUUUCGAAUUUAGGAUUCAAGCUUUCAUUGUUAAACAACUUUGGUUAAUUAUCCAAAUACAAUCUAUAAUUUUUAGGCGAGAGGAGUUAAGCCUACAGAAGCACGAGCGUCCUGUUAUUUUAGAAACGAUAAAACCAUGUUGGGAUAUCACUCAAGGAUUCAGGUGUAAAGUUAAGAGCAAUGGAACAAAGCUUAGCUAUAAAGGUAUUCCAGUCAAAGUGAAGAACCUUGUGAAGAAAUGCUGUCUAGGAUUUUAUCAAACGCAAGAAGCUACAUGUGAAAAAUGUCUUGAGGGAUUUUACGGAAACAAUUGUUCAAUUCAGUGUAAUUGCACAACACCGGAAAUUUGUGACAAUAUGAUUGGUUGCUGCGAACCAGAAUCUAAUUCAUGUCGAUCAAGUCAUAAAGAAUAUCUGGUGCAAGCAACAGCGAACAAAAGGUUAACAAUGAUAAUGAUAGGCAUCGUAACAGCUGUAGCUAUUUUUCUUUUUGGUGUCGCAUUCUUCUACCGGAAAAAAUAUCAUAAGGAAAAGGAUCCUGACCUACCAACAUUAACAUAUUAUCCUCAUGUUAAAGAAUUCUUACCUCCAUCGGAUAUAGAGAGUCGCGAAUUUAACAACCCUCUGUAUCGGCAAUCAAUUGUUGAACCUGUAAAACCUAAUACUCAAGAAAUUGAUAAAUUCAAGACUUCAAGGAUGGAACCAACUAUGAAUGAUUAUGCAACGUUGGAUGAAGUAUCAAUUUCACUAGCCGGACCUUCUAGUACGGAUCCUUUGUUGACAGAUAGAAAAAGUCCAUAUGAAGUUCCAUAUUCCCAGGAUUCGGUUUCGAGUAUUUUGGAAAAAAAGGCUUAA